AUGGACCAAGGGGUGGAAAAACUGCUGAGCCAAAUUAACGACCUGGAGUCUAAGAACCGGUUGAUUCACAUGCAAAUCGAGGAGAUGAAAACCACUGAAAAGGAGUUGCAAAAAAGUGAGAAGGAGCUCGUGUCAGACAUAGAAAGCAUCUGCAAGCAUCUGAAAUGUAUGGAAAAGGAGGAAAUCGAAUUGAAUAACGACAUAAUCCGCGUUAACCUAAUAUGCAAAAAUGUGGAAGCCACAUUGCACAACGAAUUUGUGAAGGUCGAAAUAGCAGCUCAAAAAAUCAAUCAAGUAUAUUGCCAUGAAGAAAAUGACAAGAACAUCAACACCGAUUUGGGAAAAAGUACCGACAAGGUAAAAGACUGUCUAAAUAAAAUGUACCAUUCCAAUGACGACUUGAUUGCGUUAAAGGAGGUGCGAAAAAACAAUUUUCUCGUAAAUAAUAUUUCGAUAGAGGACCUGUACGAAAUUUAUGAGGACACCAAAGAGCAGUACCAAGAGAAUUCCUUCAAAAAUCAGUGCCACAAAAUUGCCAUUGUUGAUUAUAAAACUCAUUCGUACUUUUGUAACCCCACGCACUUGAUACACAUGACAAAUAUGCUAACCGAAAAAGUAAGAGCGAGUACCCCUGACCAGAAUUUUAAUUUUGCGAGCCUCGCCAGCUACUAUGGAUUGGACGAAGGAAGAAAGAAAGAACGGAUAGAAAACUUCGGCUUGUCCGAGUUGAAUAAAAUAAUGAUAAAUCAUUACAAGGCGAAGAAGAUUAAUGUGAACAGCUCUGCGUGA